GGCGUGGCGGGAGGCGCCCGCCGCGGCCGCCCCCGCGCCCUCCGCGCCCGGCAGCUUGGCGCCUAUGCGUACGCUGUGCUGAAGGAGCUUGUGAUGUCAUCAGCUGAAGCGAAAACAUCUACCUCAUGACCUGGCAUGAUGCGUCAGGAUGAAACGCCACAGGCAUCUAAGCACCAGUGACAGUUCAGACAAUGAGAGUCCUUCCACUUCCUUUUCUUCUUGUUCUAAAUACAGGAGCAAGUCAAAAACACCAGCAAAUGAACAAAAGAAACCUGCUGAGGUGUUCCGUAAGGAUCUCAUUAGUGCCAUGAAAUUACCAGAUUCUCACCAUGUUAACCCUGAUGAAUAUUAUAUCUUUGCGGACACGUGGAAGCAAGAAUGGGAGAAAGGAGUUCAAGUUCCAGCCAGUCCCGAAACUAUUCCACAACCUUCUCUCAGGAUUGUAGCAGAAAAGGUAAAGGAAGUACUGUAUACACGACCCAGGAAGUAUAUCCACUGUUCCAGCCAAGAGCCCACAGAGCCUGGUUACAUCAACAUUUUGGAAUUGGCAGAAUCUGUGUGUCGCUAUGACUUGGAUGAUAUGGAUAUCUUCUGGCUUCAGGAACUAAAUGAGGAGCUUACAGAAAUGGGAUGCGGGCCCCUGGAUGAAAACACAAUGGAAAAGACAAUUGAAGUGCUGGAACGGCACUGUCAUGAGAAUAUGAAUCAUGCUAUUGAGACUGAAGAAGGAUUAGGUAUAGAGUAUGAUGAAGAUGUCAUCUGUGAUGUGUGCCGGUCCCCUGACAGUGAAGAUGGGAAUGAUAUGGUGUUUUGUGACAAGUGUAAUAUCUGUGUCCAUCAGGCAUGUUACGGAAUCUUAAAGGUCCCCGAAGGGAGCUGGCUGUGUCGCACGUGCGUCUUGGGAAUACAUCCUCAAUGUCUCUUAUGUCCCAAAAGAGGAGGUGCCAUGAAAGCUACAAGGACGGGGACCAAGUGGGCACAUGUGAGCUGUGCCCUCUGGAUUCCCGAGGUUAGCAUUGCUUGUCCAGAGAGGAUGGAACCAAUCACAAAGGUGUCUCACAUUCCACCAAGUCGAUGGGCUUUAGUAUGUAGUUUAUGCAAAUUGAAAACCGGUGCUUGCAUUCAGUGCUCUGUGAAAAGCUGCAUCACUGCCUUUCAUGUCACCUGUGCCUUUGAGCAUAGCUUAGAAAUGAAAACUAUUCUGGAUGAUGGGGAUGAGGUCAAGUUCAAGUCGUACUGUCUAAAGCACAGCAAAAACAAACAAAAUUCUCUGCCUGACAUUGAUGAGCACCCCAAGAGUGUGUCAGACCAGAAGCAAACAGAGAGUGAGAAAACCAGUUUGCGAGCUCAAAAACUCCGAGAGCUAGAAGAAGAAUUUUACUCACUAGUUAAAGUAGAGGAUGUUGCAGCAGAACUGGGCCUACCUAAACUUGCUGUAGACUUCAUCUACAAUUACUGGAAAUUAAAGCGGAAAAGUAACUUUAACAAACCCUUGUUUCCUCCCAAGGAGGAUGAAGAAAAUGGCUUGGUUCAGCCAAAAGAAGAUAGCAUUCAUACUCGCAUGAGGAUGUUCAUGCAUUUGAGGCAGGACCUAGAGAGGGUAAGAAAUCUCUGCUAUAUGGUCAGCAGGAGAGAGAAACUAAAGUUAUCUCACAGUAAAGUACAUGAACAGGUCUUCAAUUUGCAAGUCCAGCUCAUUAAUCAGGAAAUUGCUGCAGGCCAUACCCUGACAAGUGCACUAGAGAACACACUGUUCUACCCACCUCCCAGGAUCACCCUGAAGUUAAAAAUGCCCAAAUCAGCACUAGGAGAUUGCAGAAAUAACUCACUGAAGCCUGGCAACAGACCACUUUCUCCUGACAAUAAUAGCACUAUUUACAGCAAAAGGAGCAUGCAGAUGUCAAAGGAGUCAUUUGAAAUUAAAGCAAAAUCUUACUCCAGGUAUCAGCACGACAACCGAAGUAAUGGGUUGCUGGGAGGUAUCGGCAAGCCUAGGAGCGAAGCAAAAGAUUCUGGCCCUGCGCAGAUGCCGGAGUUUCACCGGGGCCAGCCCACAGGGAAACCCUUGGCACUUCAAGCUGCUCUGCAUGGUCAGACUUCCAUUGGGAAUGGGAGGAUGCAGCAGGAGAACUUGAGGCUGGCUGCCAAGUCCAAUGGUUUGAUGGGCAGGGCUGGAGAUGUAAGCCAGAGAGACAGCUCUAGCCAGACGCCCUAUGAACAAGAGUCUGUGCUUACAGCUCAUUUGGCCAGCCAGAGUGGUUUUAGGAAAUCCACCAUAGAACAUUUUAGCCGGUCCUUUAAGGAGGCUACCAACAGUUUGGUGAGGACCACAGAAGACCUUCGGUGCUGUGAAAAGCCGAUGAGAAGACUUGCUACAAAAGAUCGCUUGUGGAGCAAGCAGACACUGGAAGGUGCUCCAUACCAGGACAAUGACGGGUACUGUCCCGAUUUAGAGCUGAGUGACUCUGAAGCAGAAAGCGACGAAAAUAAAGAGCAAGUGAGGUUAAGGCGAAGCAGCUCAGAGAGAGAAAGCCCAACUAAGGACUUUGGAAGAGAUUGUCACAAUAGAAACAAAAAGAAUAUGAUUUCUCACAGUUCAGUACAAAGGUGAUUAGAAGCCCCUACGGGGUAACUCAGCUUCUAUGUAAUCCAGUGUACCUGUGCAAGGCUCAGCAUCAAAAGGUUCCAGAAAACAGUACAGGACCUAUGUUAGGAAGAAUUGCAGUCGGGGAUGGGGGGAGGGGAGAGAAAUUGGAGUAGUUUUGUUCAACUGUGAAUUGGCUUACAGUGUUUGGAAGGUUAAUUGAGUUAUUGCAAAGUUGUGUAGAAACUGAUGUGUUUUAUUAAAGGUUAACAUCUGGGGAAGCAUGAAGCAGUUAACCUUUGCAUAAAUUCAGGAAACUGCUUCCUCCUUGCCAGCUUUUGUGUAAGGCAACGUGUUCACAUUACGGCAAUUUUGUGGCAGUGGACAGGUUUUAAAGGAGUCCUUGCAUUAGUCGGUAAUGUGUUGCAGGAGACUGCAAAUGCAGACAUUGAAACUGCACCUGCAGUGAGGCUUUGAUCCAGCAACGCGCUUAAGCACGUGUUAGAAAACUAAGCACGUGAAAAGUACUGUUGGUUUCCUCUGGGAACCAGACUGAGCUUGGAUCUCGGAGCAUGUGCUGGGGUGCUCUGCUGGAUCAGGCCCAAAGUGACUACUAAGUGACGAUCCUGUUCUGCAGGAGGUUUAGACCCAUAGUGGCUUUCGCAGACUCCGUGUGGAGGGUUGGAAGCAGGUAUCGCCAGUGCUGCCAAACUCGCUGACCUUUAGAUGUGUCCUCUUUCCCUGCUCUAGCUGAAGGUUGUGUUUCCCUUACCAAUAAUUUGCUUAUAUUGUAAAUAUACAACUUCUAGUGCUUCAUUUUUUUAAUCUCUGUACAUAGUUGCUUGUUGUGGGAUGCACUUGUAAAUAUUUUACCCAGCUAACAAGUACAGAUGGCUAAUUUUGUGGAUAGUGUUUACAAAAGUAGAUGUACUACUUCAAAGAAAAAUGCUAUUUGACACUUAAAUUUAGGCAAUCACCGGUGAUGCCAGGUUCCUCUUGAAACUGAGAUUUCAUGUCUAGAGGUGUUUGAACCUGGUGCUUUUGAAAUAAGCUGAAAUUGAAGUAAUUUUAUCUGACCUUUUUAUAUAGGCACAAAUUUUCAAACCUAGUUGCCUAAAUAAGAGCUUAGUUUGAGUCUUACUUCUGGCAUCUAGGGCUGUAAAAUUUUUGCCAGUCAUCAUUUGGAAUACAUUUUUUUUAAUUGCUGAAGAUCUAUGGUUAUAUUAAGCUGCUUAUCAACCUGCUGUUUCCCAAACUAAAACUCAUAUUACCUAUUUUAAAAUCAGCAGUUGUUAAUCAGUAUUAAAAUUUCAACCAAUCUUAAGGAAGCAAGAGGGGAGGAGAAUCCUUUUCUGUUUGUUUAUAUGAUACAGGAUUUUUGCUUGAAUACAAACAAAACUGAUUUCCAGAAUUUGUUGUAUUGAUCAACAAAGUAACCUACACAAAGCCUGUUUUCCUCUGAAAUGCUGUACAUUUCAUAAAUAUGCAAAAUCCUUUGUCUGCUACAUCACUAGCUGAAACAGGGCAUAAGUUGUAUAGGGCAUACCAAAUGCUGCUUUCUGUUGGAGGGUUUGUUUGGUCUAAAAUUGAAAGGUUCACCACCCAAUGUAAAGAUGGACUAUGCAGAAUCCAAAAGACAACUUGGUUUUCUUCAUAAUCUUAACUUGCUUUAUUGCUUUUAGUUUGGGAAAUUGCAGCAGCAUUUUGAGAUUUGUUUUAAAUGUUGAAAGCUCCCUAGGACUAGCAGGUCAGGGGCUGGAGGACUUUUCAGUAAUGAAAUAAUAAUAAAAAAAAGUAUACUUGGCAGUUCUGCUCUAUUAGCUUUGUGCAUCUUAUUUUUUUUUUCAUCUCUUGUUUUUAUGUAUAUUUGUGUAAUUUGUCUUUCUAGAGCUGUAUCUUCAAAAUUAUCUCUUUUGGUGUAAAUAUGCAGUAGCAUUUUAGGUUUCCACAUACUUUAUUUUACUGGGAAAUGCUUUGUGUUCUAAGCCAUGGGUCCUUCAGAAUAAGUAAACAAGUGUCUUAUCAUUUGUACUACAGUUCUGAUUCUCUUAGUUCUCCUUCAGUGGGUCAUGAAAAUUUAUGGAGCUCAUAUUGGGAAGGAACACUUACUUUUGGAGGUCAGCAAGCAUUCAUGUUGUUUCGUGGCUGGAAGUAUAUGGCAGAGGAGAGGGAAAAUGGUGCUGCAGCAAAACUAGCAUUUCUGCUCUUCUGGGGCUAUCAAUUCAGUUGUUUCCAGUCUGGGCAAUGGUUUUGCUAAUUUUUACAUGAUUUUAAUAGACAUAUGAAGGAGCCCUUGGUUAUGUAGUUCUCAAGUACUGUCCCCAGCGUGCAUUUGCUAGUUUUAAUUGUGUGUUUGGUGGCUAACUGUUUGAAGUAUUACCUCUUAACCUUAUUUGUCAUUUUUUUUGUUUUUGCAUUUUGUUUUUUAUAUAUAUAUAUAUAUAUAUAUAUAUAAAAAUAUAUAUAUAUUCAAUUUUCCAAGAUGGACUCGAUCUUUUUCAGAUGUCCCCUUUUUACAAGUACUUUUUCAUUAAAUUAUGAAACUGCUAACAGUAUUUUCAUUUGUUGUGAUUUAUUCAGGGCUUUACCCUUUGUUUCUGGUAGAUUGCUAAAGUAUCAGUCUAACAGCAAUAUUGUGUCCAUCAAGAAUAAAUUAUUUCUGCAGAGUUAGCAAUAUUUUAACAAGCUGAAAUGUCAAGGAAAAAUUUUCUCCUUCAAUCUCCCCCCAAAAAAAAUGCCAGAGGUGGUGAUUGGACACUAAACUCAUUUGCAGUGUAUAGCAAAUAGUCCAAGUCUGGCAUGUAUUUCUGCCUGUCUGAGCAAAUAUAACAGACCAUUUGCUGCUCCAGUCUCACUUUUUAAUAUCCUUGCUUCUAUCUUUGUAUGAGUGUGUUUUCCCUGGCUGGGCAAAUUAAGUUAUAGAGGAAUAGCUGUAGCUAGGCCUACCCCCUCAACGCUCCUCUUGUACACUCACGUAUGUGCACAAAUACAUACUAGUUAGAAGCCAUCAUGCUGUGCAUGGAAAAGACAAAUGGGAGCACAGGUUGAGGCUCUGUGUAGGUUUUGUGUGGCCUUUUCUGUAGUUCCUGCUGCACCCACUGGCCAGUGCUGUAAUAUCCCUGGCAGGAAGAAGUAGAAGUAGCAGUAGCGAUGGAGUGUCAGCCGUUUUUCAGGAUCAAGAUUUCUCCUUCCUAAAAGGUGUUCUUGCUAUUUCCAGGCAGAUUGGCUUUUUGCGACUUUUUGCCUAAUGGCCUCCUAAUCCCUUUGAAUACAUUCUGGUUGUGGCUGGGAGUGGGAAAGAGGGAGCCAUGGAAGGAAACUACCAUCCCCUUUUGUUUUGGAAACAGCUGUUAUUGGUUUGUAGAGUCUACAGAUCAGAUUUUCAGACAGCCACAUAGGUCUGGCUGCUUGCUGAUGGUAACUUGGGCCAGACUCUCAAAAGCACUAAUAGGUUCUGUGCAGUGAUCAUGAUGUGAAGCAUCAUGAUCACUGGAUUUAUGUCUUUGCCCAAAGAGAAAAUGAUGUAAUGUUUCACAGCUAUAACCUGUGCUUUGGCUUUUCUAUUUGUAUUUGUCAUCUCUAUGAUGUUCUCUUUGCAUGAUUCCCAACCUAUUGAAGGAGAAACUGCAAAUGUUGUUAUU